AAGUGAGCGUAUUGUUUCAGGCGCAUGGGUCAUCCAAUAGCCCUUGCAAAGUUGGUGUAGCCGGAUAUUCGACCUUCUUGCCAAGCAGUGCAUGCUGUAAACAAUGGUUCUCCGCCGGACAUAUAAUACGUCAAUUAUAGUCUAACUUCGGUACGACUUCCGGAUUUCGCGGUUGAAGAUUCGUUUAGUACUCGUGGUGACGUUAUUUUUAAUAAGAAUUUUGAAGAAUUCUAGAUGGAGAGUGAUUCACUUGCCCAGACCGCACUGGUAAGCGCUUACGGUGCUCCUCUGGGUGUCUAUUGUCACAGUAUCUCGACCUCAUUGGCCAUUUCGACCACAUAUCGGUUAUUUUGUUGGCAUGCAUCUAGACAAUCUAUUAUAAUAAUACCAACUACUCAAAUACUGCGAAGAUGUGUGCAUGGAAUGCUGCUCGCACAAUACCUUUCAAGCUUCUCUUGCUGAUAAUUCCCUCUUUCCGGUCAUCAAGGCUAUCAAUAAUGACGGCGCUAACACAUUCAUCUAUCAAUAUUCUAAAUUCCAAGGCCUUGAACGGUUUCUCAGAACUACCCAUUGAACUGAAAGCCCGGGUCAUUGGUUUUCUUGCCGCAAAAGAUGUCAUUAACCUCCGUCUUACAUCAAGAGCGUGGAGCGGCGUGUCUGUUACUGGUCUUUUCAAUGUUUGUACUGGACAUUCCGUCGAGCAAGGCGUCUUUUCCAUUCGACCGCACCUUGAUGAUAUGACUCGACUACGAUACAUUGCCGGUUUACCAUGGUUAGUGAAAGUUAUCAAACAUAUCAAGAUAUAUGUUGGAGAUCUGGAUAUGCUGGAAUUUGAUCAUGAAGUUCAGAAUGUGAACAAAUAUACCAAGAUCGAGAGCAUGUUCAAGAAUAAGGAGAGAGUGAAUACUCUAUUUGAACAAACUGUUCAGAAUAGAAUGAAGCAUUGUGAUCCCGUUAUGCUAUCUCAUUCUCUUUCACGACUUCCUGCCGUCAAAUUCGUUACAGCCACUGCAACUGAAUGUCCAUUCUUGGAAUCUGAAAUCAAUUUUACUGUAGCAUGGAAGCGACUGAUACGACGAUGGAAUUAUGAACCGGAUGCACUUUACGACUCUUACGAUACUACGUUUCCUACACGAUCUAGUAUCCGCCAUCUCAGCAUCUUACUCGCAACACGACAAAUUCAACAGCCUAUUCAGCAAUUAGUAUUAGAUUCUUUUCCGGUCGAUCUUUUCGUUAGUCAAGUCUUGCAUGAUGAUGAGGAUACAACUGAGUCUUCCUUUGGGAUUCAUACUAAUUUCCUUCAUGAUAUGCAAAUAUUUACAUCAAAAGUUCAGAAUCUUCGCAUUGGUAUUAAUCCUCUAAGCAAUAAUACAACCCACGAAAAUACGACUAUGCUUGCCAAAUCUAUGAGUACAUUCAUAGGAUCCAUGAAAUUUCUCCGCUCUUUGGAUAUUAGUUGGAACAUUUCCUUUCGAUUUCCUAAUGAUACAAUGGAACUGAUAAAUCAAGAUGCAUUUUAUUCAAAUUCAUUUCCACAUCUCGAAAACUUACGUCUUUCAAAGAUAAAAAGUUUCGAUACAUCAUUCUAUUCAUUCAUAUUCCACCACAAAGACACACUAAAGUCCUUAUCACUAGGACAUGAUUUUUUCCUCAUCCCUCACAAUAGACCUAAAGGUUGUAUAUCGUUCAAAACUGUUCUUUUCCGAUUACGAGAUUUGUUGAAGCUACAGAGAUUUCAAUUACUGGUAAGUACUACUGAUCAACAGAUCUAUAAUCCGGAUUGGGAAUCUGUUCCAUCCAAUGAGGUUAAGAUAUCGGAUGCGAAGUUGUUUGAAAUGUUUGUUUUGGGUAAAUGGGCUUGGCCGAUGAUUAAUUUGGAUUAUCCUCAUUGGAGACGAUUGGAUGAGUGGAGAGGGUGGGUGAGGAGAGAUGGAUGGGAUGGAUUGGUUUCGAGGUCGAAGAGGGAUGUUAGGUAUUUGGAAUGGAGGGAUUUGGAUACGUAGUUGGAGAUUGGAUUAUUGGAUUUCUUUUUUGUUUCUCCUGAUUUCAUGUCUGAACAAAUUUUCAUCUAGGCACAGGUGAUAGGUGUCGUGUCGAACCUUUCUCUCCAUUUUUAGACAUUCUGCGAACAUAGUGUCAACAAACCCGGACCAACC